AUGCAGACCAUGCCGCCCCGAUCAUCUCUCACCAGCUCGUUUUCCGUCACUGACGCCAACAACGAAGUCGUUUGUCCUCUGAAGAACAAUGAUGGCUCCAAUUGUCGCAAGCGAUGUCUGGGGGAGAAGCGUUAUCGCUCCAUGCAGGAGCAUAUUCGCCGUGCUCACCCCAAUCAUUACAUCCCAAAGCUCCCGGCGACCGAAGAGAGCUUCAUCCUGAUGGUGACCACCCCACCCGAUCAGCGUGCUCACCUCUCUCCGCCGAAACCCCCGACCUCUCGACGACGCAAUGGAGUAGAUCUGGCCGAUCGCGAUGUCUACGUUGCCGAUGCCGGCUCCCCCGCAACCCCACGGGGGAUCGAUGAAGCGCAUCCGGCCGCGGCCACCGCUGCCGUCGCCCUGGCUCAAUUGCACCACAACCGCUUAGCAUCCGACUGGGACACAGAUAUGGAAACUCAAUCGGACAAUGACCGGGACCGGAUCCGCUCCGUCGAAUUGCCGUCACUGCGCGAGCAUUUCAAACAAGAGUCAUUGCCACCAUUUCCCUCGGCUCGCCCCCGGGAGCUGUUGCCUUCGAUUCUGACGCACUCGCCGCCCGGGCGCUCUUCGACCUUGCCCCCAAUUCAGCGCCGAGACAAGCUGCCUCGAUCUCGUAAGUCGUCGAUCUCUGGCGCCCGCAAGCCGAAACAUGAACGUACCAAGUCAAAGGAAUAUGGGCGACGUCCGAGUCUCGGAGACCGGAAGGCGCUCUCCGCGGAGCCACAAACGGCAGCCUGGGCGCAGGGCAAGCGCUGGGAGGACCUGAUUGAGGCUGCGACCUCUGCCACCGAGGCCGAUGAUGAACCCCAAUCUGAUGUUGGUCGCUCGCCUACGAUGCCACCUCUGAUCUCGAACAUCACCUCGGCUCCUGCGGGCACCAACCGCUCCUCGCUGCCGCCUGCAUUCCAGACGCCAACCGGGCUACCUCCACCGGCAAAUUACCGACCGUUCCCACACCCAUUCGCGUCGCCUAUGCACAAAUCCCUGACGCCCCCGCCGUUUGAUCGCAGUCGCGACAGUGACCUGGAGCCAUUUCCGUCGAUAGAAUCGUCCAUUGAUUCGGCCUCGUCGACGUCGGGCAAGAACCAUUCCUUCUCAAGCCAUCUUGCUCCCUCGAUCAAUUCGGAUUCCAGCCCGGUGUUGAAUAUGUUUCCCUCGGCGUCACAACAACGCCAGCACCAUCGAUUCUCGAAUCCUACCCCGGCCUCUUACCGUAGCAAGGAAAUUCAGAUUUACUGUGCUAGUUGCAAGCGAGCCUGGGCGCUCAGUGAAUGUUAUGCCUGCACGGAAUGUAUUUGUGGCGUGUGUCGGGAAUGUGUCGGCAUGUUCAUCAGCAGCCCGCCCGCAGCCUUCCGGAAUGUGACGUCAAGCCCGGGAAGCGCCAUGUCGCACGGCCCGACCAGUUACCCCAAUCCCCGCGGCUGUCCUCGAUGUCGCACGGUGGGAGGCAAAUGGAAGGCCUUUCAAUUGGAUUUCAGGUGAUCUCCUUAUGAUACCAAGGGAUGCGCGAACUGCGCGUCUUACCAAUCUUUAUGUUUUACGGAUGUUACGAUUAAUGGCUUUGAGGGUUCGUGGAAACUCAAGUUACGGUACAAAGACAUGACCAUCAAGGCACAAGACCGACCCUGCAUGCGGUCCACGACUAUACGACUUGCCCCUUGGACUGCUGAAA